GAGUGCAACUCCGUUGCGCUGUCGCGUGCGAAUAGCGAGGAGAGGGAGGAGGAGUGUUCAGAAUCCCGUAAUCUGGCUGGGAACGCUCGCACGGCGGUAAAUGUGUGGACCAGAUUCUUCAUAACAGAUCCUUAUCCAGUCUUCGGUGAGGAGUCUGUGAUGAGUCGCAUAGGAGAGCCACGAGCUCCCGAGAAAUCGCACCUUGGGGAGCUCAGUGGGGCUUACAAGGCACAGUUCGCUCAUCCCAGCCACCACUCCGACCACAGUCAUCACCAUAAUCACCAUUCAUUCACCUCUUCAGCGCAUCAACUCCACCCACGCUCCACCCUCACUCACCCGUCCCUCGCUCUUCUUCAACUCGCUCUAAACCUCCUUGCUCUCCACCCUGCCUUGCCCGCUCUCUCCCCCCUCCCUCUCCCCCGCCACUUCUCGAUUGUACUUAAACGCGUGCCUUGGGCCGGCUCGCUGGAUCGCUCCGUGCUGCUGCUGCCAAGGGGGUGAACGCCUCGAUGACUCCACGCGUCCGCUCUCGCUGAAGUUUCGCGUGGACACGAUUAGCCAAAUAAGCACACACACAGCAGCAGCAGAAGCGGCUUAUGUUCUAGAACCGUGGACAGCGGUCCCGUUCCACGACAGCAUCAUCGACAUCGUCGGUCGACGUUAAGGAUCCCCCAAGCUCCCCCCCCACCUCCCGCGCCCGGUGGCCUCGUCAUGGCGCGCGGAGCCGCGUACCGCUCCGCGCUGUUACUGCUGCUGCUGGGACUCGUCGCGUGCGCCAGCCCGCACCCCUGGGCGGCCCCAACACCCACGGACCCGACGCGGACGGAGCGCCACGCGGACGGGCUGUUCACGAGCGGUUACCGCCACGUGCUCGGCCAGAUGUCUGCGCGCAGGUACAUGGACGGGCUGGUGGCGGCGCGCCUCGGCUACGCCAUGAAGACGAGCGAGCCCGUGUUCGGUAAGCGCCAGGCUGAUGCCAUCUUCACCAACGGCUUCAGCCGCUACCGGCACAAGCAGGCGGCCAGCAAGCUGCUGCUGUCCCUGCUCGAGAGCCGGCGCGGCCGCAAACAUCGCCUGCUCCUCGACAACCCGCCGCCCGUCUACGGGUCCAGUGACACGGGCGAGUUCCAGAAGCUCAAGGAAUUCAUACAGAUCACGCUGCAGAUGUCGGGAAUGUAAAACCCAGCACGUGCCUUGCAGAACACUCAGACCCGAGGAUAACACAACAAAUUAACAUCAUCAACAACAACAACAACCAGAGGCAUCAAACAUCAGCACCAGCGCUGCGCGGCUGUGCCUGCGUGCGUGAUGAUCUCAAGCAAUCUCUGCACGUCGACCAUCUCCUCUCAUCACCCUGCCACGACGACGCCUCGAUGACUCGGUUAUGCCUGCCGGCGCAGAGAAUCUGCACCGCCUUAAAACUCAAUACAUUCGUCUAGAGCGCUGUGGCAUUAAAUAUAUACAAUCCACGAUGUUUCGCGCAAUAGCUCUUCUUCACAACACAUGGAGGGCCAUUGCGCGAAACAUCGCCUAUUAUAUAUUUCCGAUGAAGGAGGUCACGGUGUUGUUCUUGACAUGGGACGUGGCGAGUUUAUUGGCUGUGCUUGUGCACCACUGCCAACGCAGCAGCAGCGGCGUCACCAGACCACGUGUUCUCACGCACCAUUCGAUGCGCACAUCACCCAUAGUCAUCGAUAAAAAUGGAUGCGUCGUUAUAGCCCUUUGCAGCGCUCCUGCACCUGCGCGUCCAGGCUGCCGUACCGCAGUGACGCCACGAGAGUGUACGAACGCGUCACACCAGGGACAUCACUGCAUCUCUAUAGUGUUUCGGUAUUAGUAACGCACGGCCCUCAAUUUCCAUGUCUCCUAACUUGCUGCUCUUAGUCCCCAUGCAUCGUGUGCCUGUGAUCCAACGCUGUGCUGCAGGCAGCGGCGAGGGUUUGUGAAUCACCGCACGAAUGUUGUCAAGCUCCCUUCCCGUGGGCGUCGAGGAGGAGCCGUGCCGUGGCUCGGCAGGAGGCAGCACAGCACGCGUGGGCUUUCUCCGGGCGCUUCGCUUUCCUUCCACAUUUAGAGGUCCAUUCAUUGGCCGACAACGCCUUCAUAUAUAGAGGACCGCAGAGCUUGGGGAGGAGGGGGGUUUGGCUGCUGCUGCCUUCUUGCUCGUCUGUGGUUCCUCCAUCCUCGCGCCUCUGAGUCGUCGUCUCUCAUCGAGAGCGCGCGACUCCUCGUUACUAGUUAUUAUUCCAGUACUGCUGUUAAUAUUAUUAUUACUUCUACGUGGUGCCGUCCCUCGCUGAUCUAUCCCCCUGCAGCCCCUCCCCUCGGUCGCUACAGCCCCGCCCCUUCCGAUGGAAUAGACACAAACCAUUCAAUCGUUUUCCUGGUUCUUUCGGUAAAGUCACGUAGAAUGAGAAUAAAACAAUAAAACAAAAUAAGACAAUA